CACAUGCUCCAAUGUUUGCUACUUGCCUGAGUUGAUCACUAGAGCCGGCGUGAGGCUGUUAUCGCUAAUUGCAGACGACACCGCGCUUGGCGGAGAAGAAAUUCACUAAGAUCUGUUUGGAUUGUUUAUCAUUAACAGUUAGAUAUAGAUAUCUGUGAAGUGCCUCCUCAUCCUUGGAUUGUAAAAUAUGAUUUCCCCGUGGGACCGAUGGCAUUCCACCAGAUGCUGCCUGUGCUGUCAUGUCCGCACGGGCACUGUCAUCCUGGGGGUUUGGUAUAUGCUGAUCAAUGCGGUGGUGUUACUCAUCCUCGUCACGGCCCUGGGUGAUCCUGACCAGUACCAUCUGACCAGCGCUGAGCUGGCUAACGACUUAGAUGACAUGGAUGACGCCAACAUGUGUAUUGCUUCAGCGAUCUCGUUGCUGAUGAUACUAAUUUCUGGGAUGGCGACCUACGGUGCGUAUAAGCAACAUGCUGCUUGGAUCAUCCCAUUCUUCUGCUACCUAGUAUUUGACUGUGCCCUGAACACCCUGGUGGCUGUUAGUAUUGUGGUCUACCCCAACACCAUACAAGAUUACCUCCAACAGCUGCCUGAGAACUUCCCCUACAAAGAGGACAUCAUGGCCAUGAGCAACGUGUGCCUGGUCUUCAUCGUGCUCCUCUUCAUCGGAUGCAUUCUCACCUUCAAGGCGUACCUGAUAGCGUGUGUGUGGAACUGCUACCGGUAUGUGCGUGCAAGAAGCACCACAGAAGUCCUGAUAUACGUCACUACUAAUGACACCACGGUACUGUUACCCCCAUACGAUGACACCAUGUCUAUUCCAUCCAAGAACGCUCCUCCCCCCUACGGGGCACCCUACAUAGCAUGAAGAACCUGGGCCGCUGUUCUGCUGACCGACUGGACCCCUUGUUACUACAGCAACCUGACAUUCCAACCAGACCUGGGUCAACAAAUAUGAUUUGGUUUCUUUCCAAUACACUAUGCAUUUUAUAGUUGGCAUUUGAUAACUGUCACACUGGGUGUGUGGUGUUAGCAGUAUUUUAAUGAAGUUUUAAAAUAUAUAUACUUUGACCCAGGCCCCAAUACUACUGAUUCUUUCCAAAACAUUUAACCUACACACAUUUACUUACUUACCUGUUACUGUGAUACUGUUUAACAUUGUACUGUUUAUUUGGAGUUAUUUAUUUUCACUGAUCUACAGUUGAAAUAUCGAGCAGGGAAGUGAUAUGCAACAAAGUUAAAAUAUGAGAGCGCUAGUAGUGAGUGUAAUAGCGGAUAUAUUUUUCUUGCUUGUACUAAACUGUGCUUCUACAUGUUCUCUACUGUCAGUCCUAGUCCAAAGGCCACCCACCAGAAACGUGUUUCCAUUGUCUAUGAAGCAAGUACUUGUGAGAGACCUACACAAAUCAAAUCAGGCACUGCAACCCCCCCCCCCCAGAAAAAAAUAUAUUGAUGAUUUAGGCUGGUCCCAGAUCUGUAUGUGCGUUGUCAUGUAUGGCAUGACGAUUAGAGUCAGAGGAGUUGGCUAAAGCACACACAGAUCUGAAAACAGGGAAAUGAGGAUUGUAUCCUCGACUCAAAAUAUUUAUUUGUUCUGCCCAUGAUCACUGUUCGUUGUUGGAUUGCCUUUACAAACAACUUCCUUUCUGAUAGGGUGCACUGAGAGAAUGUAUGAAGUGUUGCUAUGCACGGAAGGAUUCCAAAGAUUCAAAGCACCUGCCUGUAAUCAACUGAGAUGAUCGAAGCGCAGAAGUCAUAUCACCAAGUUACUCGUACGUUAUUGUUUAGUGUGUAUAGAAAACUGUCAUUAUCCUGAAUUAUUACAACAGGACUGUGUUGAGUUGACCUUUAUUUUAAAGGUUGAGUUUUAGGACUUGUACAUUUGCUCUUAUGUCUGUGUUGAUUCCAAUAAAGGAAAAAGUGGUGGUCCUGUUUUUUCAAUUAAGCCAAUGUAAGCGGACUGGUCUGCUCUGCCGGAUGCAGUUAUUGGCAAGCUGAGGACUCAGUCACAUUUAACCGUCUGCUGCUGCAGCAUAAAAAGACACUGAAGUUAUAUUUAUUUGUCCAUUAAAAACACAUUUAAUUGACGGA